GCGCGGAGUCUGGUGGCCCGCAGCAGUCGGCCGGCCACCUGCGGCAAAGGCGGUGUAAUGCCACGCGAGUGAGUGACGUGCUGUGGGGCAAAGGCCCGCUCGUUCGAAAAUAGAAAACGGAAAAAUUGAACCCCAGACCCAGAUGGGAGUUUACGAGGAGCGGGGCACGAUGCACUGGCAACAGAGUGAGAGGUACCUAUCAUCGGCUUACGAGGGGGGUGGCGAGCUAUCACCGGCGGCGCCGGCCGCGUCGCCGGGUUCGCCGCGGGACUGCACCUCGUGCCGCAAGCGCGAGCCGCCCGACGAGCCGCCGCAAGCCGCCGCCGAUGACCCCUGCGCCGGCUGCGGAGCCCGCAUCACCGACCGCUACUAUCUGCUGGCUCUGGAGCGACGCUGGCACACUCCCUGCCUCAGGUGCUGUGAAUGCAAGAUGCCGUUGGACUCCGAACAGCGGUGCUAUGCCCGCGACAGCAACAUCUUCUGCAAGAACGAUUAUACUAGGUUAUACGGUUCAAAGCGGUGUGCCCGCUGCAACACGGCUAUAUCGGCCAUGGAGUUGGUGAUGCGCGCGCGCGACCUGGUGUUCCACGUGCAUUGCUUCUCCUGCGCGCUGUGUAACACCCCCCUCAACAAGGGAGACACCUUCGGAAUCAGAGAUUCAGCUGUUUAUUGCAGGCUGCAUUAUGAAACGAUGCCGGAGUACGGUCCCCACAUUGCAGUUCCGGGUCCUCCGCAGAUGUGCCCGGGGCCGUACGGCGGGCCCCCUCCCGGGCCGCAUUACCCCCCUUACCCCUCCCCCGACUUCUCCCGGGUGGAGGCAGACGUUCCCAAAGGCGCCUUUUUCAACGGAGCCGCCGCCCCGCCGCCGCGACAGAAAGGCCGCCCCAGGAAAAAGAAGCCUAAAGACCAGGACCUCAUGACCGCCAACCUCGAUCUGAACCCUGAGUAUCUGGAGCUGGGGUUCCGCGGCGGCGGCGGGCUGGGCACCACGUCCCGCACUAAGCGCAUGCGCACCAGCUUCAAACACCACCAGCUGAGGACCAUGAAGUCCUACUUCACCAUCAACCACAACCCGGACGCUAAGGACCUGAAGCAACUCAGCCAGAAGACAGGGCUGCCGAAGCGUGUGCUGCAGGUGUGGUUCCAGAACGCGCGAGCGAAGUGGCGGCGAAUGGUCACAAAACAGGAGAACAAGAUGGCAGAGAAAUGCUCUCCAGACGCUUCGUUGGAGAUGGACAUGUACCACGGCUCCAUGGGCUCCAUACAGUCGCUGCCUCCGCACAGCCCGCCCUACAGCGUGAUGGGGGGCCCCCCGAGCCCCAACUCCAUGGAUUGUCCAUAGCCCCAGUUCUGCGCUUUAUGAGCGCCCCAAAAUGGAACUUUGUGACUUUCAGUGUAUCGUCAAUCCAUGACCUGAAGAUUUGGUGUCGAAACAAACUAGUAGGAGUUGCAAUAUUCUAGCAUGAAAAGUGUUUAUUGUACUUUGUAACUAAUGAAUCUCUGGACUGGACUAAAUAAUUAUGAAUGAACCUGGUAAUGAAAUUAGUGAGCAAUAGUGAUUGUAAAUUACUAAAUGUAAGUAUUUGGUUGUGUAAAUAAAUUAUAGUAAGAACAACGAGAAAUUUGUCAUCUUUUUGAAUGCUUGACAUUUCGUUUCAUCACGUGCUUUACGUACAUACGUUCAAAUCUGGAUUCAGACUCUCCACGUGAAAUCGAUCGUGACCAUCAGACAGAUAAGACAUAGGUAUAGCAACCCAUAAAGCAUUAUCCUAUAGGGAGUUUUCGUCUAAUCUGAAAUAUAUAUAAUCAUGAAACUAUAAGAAUAGGUAUUUAACGUUUCCACUAAGAUUUCAUUAGAUCUAUUUGUAAGCUAAUGCACAAAUGGAUAAUCCAGCUUUUACCCAAUAGAUAUCGGGUUUACGACUUAGUAGAUGCAUCGAAAGACAACGAUGUUUGAAAGCAAUAUAUAUAUAUAUAUAUAUAUAUAUAUAUAUAUAUAUAUUUAGUGUCAUGUAUUUAUUCAUUCCGAUACUAUUUUUCGGAAUGAAUUACUUAGUAUUAACAAAACGCUCUUUGAAGAUCGUAUCAAGAAUAAGAUUUUUUUUUGUCUUUCACAAUAAUUCAACGAAAGAUUGAAACAAAACUAAGUAAUCUAUUAAAUAUGUUAAAUAAACCGAUUUUAUAUUGUCUUUUGACAGUUGGGCCUUAUGUUAUCUGUUUCAAUUCAGGUGGACUUUUAAUCUACUUCAUAUGUCAUUUAUGAAUACGUAAACACAGUAAUUCGUAUAUAAAAUAAGUACGCGAGAGUUUGGAUAUGAAGAAUCUAUCAAUUGGUUCAUCGAACCAAAAACAUGAAGAUUUUUUAAAUAAUAUAUACUAUUUAUUUAUUUGAUUAAUAAUACCUAUUUAAUUUAGAAUAUAAGUGUAGUAUUACGGAACCAUAGAAUGUAAAAAUUUCCAUAGAAUAUACAAUAUUAUUAAUAAGUAGUAGUUAAAUGUAAGCAAUAAAUGUGAAAUACUUAUUGGGUUCGGCCAUUGAAAGACAUUCGUUAAUGUAUGCAGUGGGAUGCACGAUGCACACUCAACUGUUCCUGUAAUAAAAUCUCCAUUGUUUGAUGUGAGAGCGUUCAGGCCGAGAGCCUAUAGGAAUGAGAGACUAAUGGCCGCACCCAAAAUAUUGGCCGGUAAAAACAAAAAGACAAAUUAUCAAGAUAAAAUUUUCCAACACAUUACAUACUUACUUUAAAAUUUGCAUUAGUAACGUUAUUUAAGUAGAUUUAUCUUUUUUAGCAUUAUCUAAGUAUGAAUUCCGGCUAAGUACACGCACUGUUAGUUCCUUUUUGUAUAGAUUUAAAAUAAUAAUAUAUGACAUAAAUAAUCUUUCAGUAAUUUUAAUGUAGAAACACAACAAUAUCAUAAACACAAACUAUACUGACAUGACGGGAUGUUAUCUAAGUAUUUAAAAAAAAUAAAAUCAUCUUUUCACGGGAUUUCAGAUUUUACGCAUAGAGAUACAUUUUCUGCUGAUCAUUUAAAGUAAUUCAUGAUUGCAUGGCAUGUUAUACAUAUCAGUUAGUUAUGCUUUGUUAAAUUGUUUAAAUUAAAAAAAAAAAAAUUGAAAUUCAAUUGAAAUAAAAACAAUUGCGAUAAGUCAGUUCAAUAUUAUUCAAUUAUUUCUUCAUGAAUUGUAAAUGAAGAGCACAAAUUAUCCGAAUCUUAUAAUUAUAACGAUCUGUUAAUAAAAAUAUUCCAAUUUUUA